AUGAAAGCCCACGAUGGCACAACGCUGACUUCACGGCCAACUUCCUCUGGGCCCGAAGCCGACCUCGGCACCGUGGAGAAAUCAUCGACAUCCUCCAAGAACAAUAAAUCGAGCAAUGCUCAAGAAGAGACGCAACAUCAGGCCGUCUCGAGAUCAAGAUGGCAGCGCUUCGUCGACGUCCUCUACUGGACACCACCUAAUUGUCGAUGGGACCCGGACUCGCCACCCAAAUUUUCCACCGCGUUGAACGUCCUCUUCGCCUUUGCAGGAGCCUUUACCGUGGCGAACCUUUACUAUAACCAUCCGAUUUUGAAUAUCCUGGCGAAAGACUUUGGCGUUGAUUACGUCGAAGUGUCGCAGAUUCCGACGUUGGCCCAAGCAGGAUAUGCGGUCGGCCUCUUCUUCCUGUGUCCGUUGGGAGAUUUAUUCAAAAGACGACCCUUCGUCCUCUCCCUCAUCUUCGUCACGGCAACACUAUGCAUCGGCCUCUGUACCACGACCUCCAUCCGCGUCUUCUCCGCCAUCCAAUUUCUCGUCGCCAUCACAACCGUCACGCCUCAACUCAUGAUGCCCUUAGUCGGCGACCUCGCGCCACCCGCCCGCCGCGCCACUGCUCUCUCCAUCGUCGGCUCCGGCCUCAUGCUAGGAAUCCUCAUCGCGCGUCUGCUCUCCGGCGUCGUCACGCAGUACACAUCCUGGCGCACAAUCUACUACCUCUCCGUCGGAUUACAGUACCUCAUCUUCGCUUUACUGUGGUGCUUCAUGCCGGACUAUCCCUCCACCAACCCUGACGGGCUGAAUUACUUCCACAUGCUGUGGAGUAUGAUCCUGAUGUUGACCAAACAUCCAGUCCUCGUGCAAGCGUGUGGCAUAGCUUUCUUCGUCUCCGCGACGUUCACCAAUUUCUGGACGAACGUGACAUUCCUCCUCUCCUCCCCGCCGUACAACUACGACUCCGUCAUCAUCGGUCUUUUCGCGCUGAUCGGAAUCGCGAGUAUGCUCUGCAGCCCUUUCUACGCCAAACUCGUCAUCGAUCGCUUCGUACCGCUUUUCACCGUGUUGCUGGGCAUAGGCUGGUGUCUCAUCGGCAUCACGCUCGGAACGUAUACAGGCACAUUUACCGUUGCGGGACCGAUCUUGCAAGCCUGGUUCGGCGACUUCGGUAUGCAAACGAGCCAGAUCAGUUUGCGGAGUUCGAUCUUCACAGUCGAGCCGAAAGCGAGGAAUCGGACGAAUACGGCGUUUAUGGUGUUUACGUUCUUUGGACAAUUGGUGGGGACGAGUGUGGGUGCGAAAUUGUAUGAGAGGGGCGGGUGGACGGCGAGUGGGAGUUUUAGUGUGGGGAGCAUGGGCAUGGCGUUGGUUGUGGUGCUGUUGAGGGGGCCUUGGGAGGAGGGGUGGGCGGGGUGGCAUGGAGGGUGGAGUGUGAGGAAGAAGAGUAAGGAUAGUGCUGAUGGGAAGACGGUGGAGGUGAGGGGGCAUUUGAUGGGGAGGGAGAGGGUGGAUGUUGAGAAGGGGAAGGACGAGCAUGAGCAUCGACAUGGUAGAGAUGAUCAGGAGGCUGUGAAUUCGACUGAUGCGGAGAAGAGUCUGGAGAUGAUGGCUGCGGAGGAUGUGGUUGACUGGAGUUCGGACAAGACAGAUAUCAUUACGACAGAAGGAGGGACCAAGUCGUCCAGCGUUAGAACAAGUAGAUGA